GAGUCCCGGGGCCAAAGGGCGAACGCUCCGGAGCGCGUGCGUGGACUAGUUUGGCCUUCAUCGGCACCCGUAGCUUCCCGGAAGCAAGAAGGAGGUCAAUUCCCGCGUGAACUGGCAGCCGCGGAGUUUACCCAGCAGGCGCCGCGACCCGGUCACCUUUGAGGCUGUGGGAAGCAGGUUUCGGGCUUUGGGGCGCUGCGGCGAUGUGGUUCGAGAUUCUUCCCGGCUUAGCCAUCAUGGGCGUGUGCAUCUGCAUCCCCGGAGUGGCCACGGCGUACAUCCAUCGGUUCUCGAAUGGGGGCAAGGAAAAAAGAAUUGCCUAUUUUCCAUACCAGUGGCAAAUGAUGGAAAGAGAUAGGCGUGUCUCUGGAGUGAACCGUUACUACGCAUCAAAGGGUUUGGAGAACAUUGAUUAAGGAAGACUUCUUGCUCCGUGCAAUGUGGCUUCUCUGUUCGAAGUAACUUCUAUUCAUCUACUCCUAGAAGUAUUGUAGAGCCUUCAGAAUAAUAUGUAGUGCUUAAGUGCUUAAUAAAAAGAAAAGAAAAAGUUAAAACUCAAA